AAGAUCGUGCGGUCCCUGACGAUUCUAGGGCGCCACUGAGCUCUCCGGAUCAUCGAUCCCAGCGCGCGGCGGCGAGGAUUUCAACUAACGAAAUGGACGAGGAAUUGGCUAACGUGCAGGCUCAAAUCGGACGUCUUGAGCCGCAGAUCGAAGCGGCUGGGGAAUCUUUUCUCUUUGCCUUUGAGAGUGGCAAUCAAUUUCUGGCGGAAUAUUGGCAGAAGAAGGAAGAGCAGCUGCGGAAGAAAAAAUUACAGCUGUGGAAGGAGGAACUCCUCCUCCUCAAAUCUAAUUUGCGCGGAUCUGCGCCAGCGCCACCACCAGCGGGACUUCGUCCAGCCGAGAUUGACGUGCCUGACAAGAUCGCCUGGGCCAAGAAGCUGAACGAGAAUCUGACCGGACACUGACUGGACAAGCCAUGCGACUUUUCGGGAGCUCCAUACUCCCGCUUUCUCUGGAAUGGAGUAAAACAUACAUGUACAUGGGUCGCUCACUCUUACGGAGAUAAAAAGUUUCGUAUUGACCUUGAGACACGGCACUGACAACCUUCCUGGAACUCUGGGCUCUGGGAAGACCACUGCUCUUGCUACUGUGGCUGGAUAUCUUCGGCAACUUUGGAAGAACACCUCCAAGAAGGUCGUCUUUAUCAAUGACGAAUGUUUCAUUGACAAUCCCUCGAGGACAAUGUGGGUGGCUCUUUUGCUGAGCUACAUAGACGACUUUCCAGCCGAGCUUUCAUGCCGGGGGGUGGACCCUGAAAGUAUUAGAAUUUUGGAUCCUGAUGCCGGGGGGUGGACCUUGAAAGUAUUAGAAUUUUGGAUCCUGAUGCUGCAGAUAAAUGAAGUGAGUGUUGUGGAA